AUGAUGGUGGUAACAUGUGUAGCAGCCAAUUAUCACGACGCAUCUAUUUUGAAACGGUUCCUAUUAGGCAGGCAGCCUGACGUUUCUCACUCUCCACGAAGCUCGGGUCAUACAUACUUACUUACUUACUUAAGUACCUACAUAUGUUGUGCCCCUAUAGUUGAACUAGUGACAUUGGCUUCGUUAAUCAUCAUCUUCAUCAUCAUUAUUGUCGUCGUCUCCUACGUUGUUUGUGUGGGCCAGCUAGAAGAGAACAUGCCCGCACCCCCAUCAACACAAACUCCAUCCCACCUACACCUACACAGUCCACUACACUGCUGCAAUCCACCGCACCCUCUACCCCCUACAUCCUGGCGCACCCCAGAGUUCCGGCGUCUGCCAUUGCUGCUCGUCGUCGCCGCCGCCGCCCGUCUCCGUCUCUUCCCUUCUUCGUCUCGAUACCGUAGCUCUUCUUCUUCCUUGUCUCAUUACCCUGCGUCCGCCCACCUUCCUCGUGGCGGAGAGAAGAGCUGCACCCCACCACCACCACCACAAUCCCCCGUUCUCGCCUACGCCCUCGCGUCCACACUCUCCAUCGCCACGGCCCACGGCGUCGUCCACACAAUGCCUUCCUUCAAAGUAAAGGCCGUGUACAAGUACGAGUCGCCGCAUGAGGAUGACCUCAGUUUUCCAGAGGGCCAAAUCAUCACCGUAACCGAGGUUGAGGACGAAGAUUGGUACGUGGGCGAAUACGUUGAUGAAGCCGGCAACCGGCAGGACGGCCUUUUCCCUCAAAACUUUGUCGAGAAGUACGAGCCUGAGCUGCCCGCCCGUCCCAACCGCGCAUCUAGACACAAACCACUGGACCAGCAGCCUGUUCAGCAAGCUCCCCCGACCCCCGACCUCCCCCAACAGGAGUCGGCGCCCGCUCCCCCAGUUCAAGAAGAUGCCCCCAAGCAGCCGCCCCCGCCCGUCGAGAUUCCCCAAGUAUCCUCUUCUCAGGUCACUUCGCCCACGUCCCCCGCUUCGGCUCCCAGCGGAGCCACCAAAUCUUCCGAGAUCCCUCUAGAGCCUCCCACUGCUUCCAAGCCCUCUGUUCCAGAGUCGACUGCUGCCACUACUGCACCUCCGGCUAAGAAAGCUCCUCCGCCAGUUGCCGCCAAAAACAGCGCCUUUUUGAAUCGCAUCGCUGCCUUCAAUCAACCUGCUGCUUCCCCCAUACAACCCUUCAAGCCUGGCGGCCAGCCCAGCACGUUCGUGAAGAAGCCUUUCGUGGCCCCUCCCCCUAGUCGCAAUGCUUAUGUUCCACCCCCUCGGGAGGCUCCGCAGGUCAAGUCGUAUCGACGGGACGAGGAUCCGGAGGUUGCGGAGCGUCAGGCCCAAGACCAGGAGAAUGCAGAACGCGCUGGAUUUGCUGGUAACCCCACCUCAAACGACGGUGAGGGUGAGGACCCGGCCCCCACGGUCAGCUUGAAAGAGCGCAUUGCAAGGCUUCAAAAAGAGCAGCAAGAACAAGCUACGCGCGCCGCUGCACUUCAGAAAGAGAAGCCAAAGCGUCCUCCGGUGAAGAAGCGGACUGAGUCUCACGAAGCCCCGGGUGAUGACGGCGAAGGUGGUCUGGAUAGAUCAAUAACUGGCGAGUCGCGGGAACGUACCUCCACUGAUCAUACUCGGCCGCCUCGCUCCGCUCAUGGUGUUCAGUCACCUGACCAAACAAACCGUGAAUUAAUGAGCGAUGCCAAUGACGCCGAUCAAUCAGGGGCUGGUGAAACAGAAGACGCAGAUGGCGCAUCAACAAGCGUAGAGGAAGAGGAAGAGCGUGCUAGACAGAAGCAUGCUGUGCGAGCGCCUGCUGCUCCUGCUAGAGAGCCUGAUGUUGGCGACGAGCAAGACGUUGAAGAAGAAGAGGAAGAAGAAGAGGAUGAGGAGGCCGCAGAGGCCAGGCGCAAAAUGGAGCUUCGGGAACGCAUGGCUAGAAUUGGUGGUGGGUUCGGCAUGCCCGGUAUGUUUGGUGGAGGAAUGCCCAUGGGUGUUCCCCCACCAAAGAAGAAGAAGCCCGAGAAAAAGUCCACUGCCGACAGCGAAGAGUAUUCGAUGCCUCAACAACGAGUACCCAUGUUUGGACUGCCGGGUGUGAAGAGCCCGGAGAUUGAGGACAGAAAAUUAGCGGUCGAAAAGGAGGAUGAAGAGUCUCACUCCAUCACCCUCUCGCGGCCUGCCAACGAAGUACCUGAUGUAGAGGACGUUGCCCGUCAGCCCAUGCAAAGAACCCCCACAGCUGAGCGCUCGCCACCUCUCGCUCCAGAAAAGCGUCCUGUGCCACCACCUAUCUCAGCAGCCGACCGACCAGUACCUCCUCCCGUCCCAUCAGCUUCUCGCCCUGUGCCAUCAGCGCCUGUCAGAUCUCCAAGCCCUGGGUCAGAGUCGGGCGACGAGAUGACGGACGCCCAGAUGCCGGAAUCUGCUACGUCACCCAAGACUCCCUCAGCCAUACCCCCUCUUAAGAAUCGAGACUCUUACUUGGCGUCUGAUGAAAUGUCCGGAGAUUCACCAGACAAGCGGGCCAUGCCACCGAUCCCGUUGGCUAGCCCUACCUUAUCACCAGUGAACAACCGUCCGCCGCCACCGCCCCCUCCAUUUGCAGCACCACCUCGAACCACGACAGCGGAUCGAUUAUCCAAGAAGAUUGAUCGCGAGGGUGAGACUGAUUACGAAGGCGACUACGAUACCGAUAUUGCUUCUGGCGCGACUCACAAGGACGCCUUGAAAUCUCACAUUCGUGAUUCAAGUAUGGAAGACAGCACCACCGCAGACGAAGCUUCAGUCCGAUCUCCUAUAACCCCUGCGGGCCCCCCACCACUUCCUCCUUCUGUGCCUAGAGCUGUACCACCUCCACCCCCACAACAACCGCCGAGUAGAGUGUCUCUCGACGCUCCCAGGAGUGCACCUCCUCUGCCUCCCGUUCCUCCUCCUACACGAGACAUUCAAGACGAUGACGACGAGUAUGAUCCGUAUCGAUACACUGGAACCCCACGUGCAGUACCUCCUGCUCCCAAGGCCAUGCCACCGCCUCCGCAAAGCCAUCCCCCACCUCCACAAAAUCGACCGCCACCUCCUGCCAUGCCUCCAAUGCCACCUUCUAUUCCUCCAACCCCUCAAAUGCAAUCCGGUGACACGUCGGAGGACGAAGACGAUCUCUAUACUGCCCCUCCACCUAGGAAAUCACAUGACAGACCGCCACCCCCUCCGCCUCAGGCUCCUCCGCCACAAGAUAGACCUGCCCCGCCUCCACCACCGCCUCAAGAACGAACCGCACCUCCACCUCCUCGUGAGCCAGCUCCACAGCCCCGAACACCUGCUGCCAGAAAAUCUCUGGAUGUGAAUCGCGCUGUGCAAGGCCGCGUGUCUAUGGAUCAACCUCGUCCAUCAGUGAGCCAGGAUUUCAUUGCGACAGACGUGGAUCUGGGGGCAUCGACGCACUGGUGGACACAGCCGAAUAUGGUGCCACCUUCUUUGCAGGGCCGAAAAGAUGUUCUCGUUGAUUUGAGUGAGACAAGGUCUGGUAACACGGUUGAUAAGCUCGUGCAGGUGCUGUACAUGGAUUAUUCGCAAUCCAUCAUAUCCGCUCGUUUUGAAGCAAAUAAUGUGUCCAAUGUUGAGCUCGAACAAACCCAAGAGCCUCCCCCUGCACGUCUUCGUCAAGAUCAGCUCGAGGACGCACACCAACAGCUGGGAUCAAGAAUCGCCAAGGAUGUGGAAUCCAAGCAAAACACUGUAGUCGGCGACGGCACUCCACAAGGCCUCAUUCUUCAACUUCUCAGUCCCUACAAGGAUGCCCUCCGACCUGUAUCCACGCGCUCGUUUGGUGCAAUCGUCUACGCCAACCUCGCCAACGCUUCCACGCAGCAAUACGACGAGAUUCGCCCCGGCGACAUUAUCUCGUUCCGCAACGCCAAGUUUCAAGGUAAGCACGGCGCCAUGCACGCCAAAUACUCUGUCGAAGUCGGUAAACCGGACCACGUCGGCAUUGUCCAGGAGUGGGAUGGCUCCAAGAAGAAGGUGCGUGUCUGGGGUCAGUGGAAGGAGAGCAAGAAGGUCAAGCCAGAGAGUUUCAGGAUGGAGGAUCUGAGGAGUGGGGAGGUCAGAGUCUGGCGCGUUAUGAGCCGUCAUUGGGUUGGUUGGCAUUAA